ACAUAGAUAAGAAUCCACAUUAUAACCUUAAUCUGUAGCUGUAUCACGUUAAGGGUAGAAACAGGUUUUUCAAUGGCAUUUCGUUAACAGUUAACGUUAGCAAUCAUUAAUUUUUUACGGGUAAGAGAAAAACAAACACACAGGAAAAGUGAAUCGCAGGCGCAGUCGGACUAGCUUCAACGUUCUGCCUCACCCUCACCACCACAGUUUGGUGUAGACUUUCAAGAUGGAUGCUUUCAACUCGAUAGGUUUCUCUUUCUUUUUCGAAACGGACUACAUAUGUAGACCAGCCUGGCAUGAAUACUAAGGAGCUUUGAUUGUGAAACGGAUUUAAUACUCGUAAAACGAUAAAAGUGGAUUUUUUUUGUUUCUACGUGUUCGGACGGCCGUUAAUUUUGCAACUUCCUGGUUGUCGCAUUAUUAAUAUCGCUGUUGAAACUGCGGCGAAAGCGCAAGUUAACGCUACUGUUGAAUGUUUGCUGGAUACAGGAUACAUAGGACUAACGUUAUACAAUUCUGCUGUUAUGUAAAAAAAACCCAGAGACAACAGUUUUCAACGAAGGGCACAGGGACAACGAGAGAUUUCAUAAGUGUUCAGCAAUGGAAAGUGGAAAUGGUGGUGCCUCGAGGAAAGAUGGUGUUUUAGUACCUGUCUCAGAAAGUUCUGGCGUCUUUCAAAACAAUAUUUUGGCUCCACUUAAAAGUGCGUACUUGUAUGAGGAGUCAAAGCAGUCUUUCAGGUAUACAUCCGCUGUCUUGGUAAAUAAUCCAGCACUGGAAGAAAAGUAUUGUGCUUUCCGAGCAAAGAGAAAAGAAGAAGGAUAUUCAGAGGAGGAUCUGAAAGAAUCCUAUGGGUUUUUGCUGUUUGAUGAUGUCAACAAGGCAAAUGCACUUGGAGAAACUGGUGUGCUCACUGGAAACAGCACAUGCACAACUCUUGGAGAUCCCUCUAAAGGUGUUUAUAUACCAAUGUACUCUGACUGUUUGGAUCUCAAUCGCUGGUAUCAUGGGAAAUCUGGAUACAUUGCCAUCAUCAGGCUGACGAAGGGUAGAGUUAAAAAGGUUUUAGAGAACUACACCCAGAACUUAACUGCGCCCACUGUGGGGUUUGACUGUCAUGUGUCAGAACAGUUGCCUUCAGUAUCUGCCAAAACCAGCUCCUUUCUUGCUUUCGAGAGAACCCAGUAUUACAUGUAUGAGCUGCUAGAUGAUGGAAGUAAUGUGACGACUCAGUCUCCCAGCGCUGCCCGUCCUAUUGCCAUUGUAUCAUUUUCAUACACGGAUACCAAAGCAUCGAUUGUAGCAUCACAGGAGAAAAGUGAGGUGAAAAAUCUCAUUUGUCAUUACUUUCCAUGGAGGGGUCAGCUUCAAAUAGGCACCCUGUUCUAUGACGUUGGGCUGAGGUCUACAGUGGCCUUAAUCCCUGCAGAACUACCACCAGUGGUGAAAAUUGGCAGAGCCAUUUCCAUGUCAGAUCUGAGACAGCUAUUGCCAAGGGCUGUCUUUGAAACCUGCUUCUCUGGUGAAGUCUUUCUAGAUGGCUUAUACUUUAGUCUGUAUGAGUUGGUUUCUUCUGAGGCAGAAGACACCAACUCACUCCCUCUACUUCUGCGUGAGAUCAAGGAGAAAGAUCUUGCUCUCACUAUUCAGCUGAAUGAUGGUGGUUUUCUUAUUCUGUUGCACUCCUCGCAUUUCCUCACAUAUGAUGAUACUGGUUCCAGUGCAACUGAUGUCCUGCAAGGCAUGUUUGUGUUUCCAGUCUCGCAGGUUAUACAGACAGACACCAAAUCUGGAGCGAAAAAGCCUGCCAUUUCAUCUGAAAUACUGCAGGUUCUACAGGUGCUUAAUUAUGCAGAAGGCGAAGUUGAGAAAACACCCAUUGACCCAAGUGAAGAACUGUGUGAAGUCUUGGCACAGCAUAUGCAGCGUUACGCAGCCCUGAUAAAUCCUGGGUUGGCAUUAAGUCCUGCUAGGGAACUCAGCAUCUUUCCAGAUCAGUAUGAUGUGCCGGAUGCCCACAAGCACCUCUACUCAUGCCCAGAGUUGACUAACAGGGCAUGGCAGAGCUUCAGGUCAUACUUGAGCAAACCAGUCUCUUUUCAACUGCCAUUGUCCAAAGCUUCAGAAAUCCUGGCACCUAGACAAGAGGAGCGAAUAGAAGACCUGGAUGAUGAUGUUUACAUCUGUCUGUCAUCUCCCGAGGAGGCACCAGCCAAUCCUGUUAGCAUGGAGUCAGAGGACCAGUUGACAGGCCAGAGAUCUCCUGUAAACAUUGAAACGCCUGUUGACAGUUGUAUAACAAGUGCUGCAGCACAAGUUGACGUAACAGCUGUGCCUCAGAAUGUUGUACCAGAUGGUUUGCAUGCUGGGGAUGCUACUAAAUACACUGGCAAAUCUGAUCUGACUGUGCUGAUCAAAACUGAUGACAUGGGGGCAAAAAAUGUCCCUCCCUCUACAUCAGAUGACCUUCCUGCAGAGCUGAUUGUCAGCAUCACUUCGGCAGAGCGAACUGUCACUGAUGAGAGUUUAGGUAUGAUCAGUACUGUGUCUGCAACAAUGCAUAAUGACAUUCAACUUUCUGGUUUUUCAGCCAAAUUACAAAUGACAGGAGUGAACUCUCUGAAUGAUGAGACUGUUACAACCAAAAAGGUUUUGGAUUGCCCUGAGUUCACCAAUCUCACAAAAACACAAAAGAGGAAACUACGUAGGGGACGUUACAAAGGUCGGAAAAGGGUAUCUAAAGCGUGCGUUGAGACUCCAAGUUUACAAAUACCAGUGGAGGAUGACAACUUGAUGAGUCAGACAGAAGACCAGGCCAAGGAAUCGUCAGGCCACCCACAAUUGAGUAAUCCUUCUUGUAUUGAGCAGAGGAAAGUACAGAGGCGAAAGUGCAAAUUUAGAAAACCAUCAUCAUCUGUUGAUUUAGCAGUUGCAGAGGAGAACAAAGUAGACCCUGGACAGCAGAGCGUUGAAAGCACAUUUUUAAUGGAACUUGAAGCUUUUCCUCUGAGAAAGAAAACGGAGCGCUGGGACUUAAAGCCGGUCAUCAGCGAAUGUGGAAGAAUCUUGGUUCCUCAUGGCUCUCUAGAUAUUGCUGAUCAGAUUAAGUCUUUAAAGGAUAAGAUUCAAUCUACAAAAGAUGAACAAACGUUGGUUGAUGCCUCUGUAAAUGACACAGUCGAAAUGGAGCAGGAGUCUAGCACUGCUCCAAAGACAGCAGUGGAAGAAACAGAGGCCACAACAUCCAAGGAUGGAGGAAACCAUUUUCAAAUUGUUGUUAGUGAUGUUAAUCCUGAACACAAUAUUUUGAGACCUUCAGAUGAUGGCAAUGGCUUAUUGACGUUGAAUCAAGAGAGUACUGAACAGUCUUCAAAGACUGAUGGCACAGCAACUUCUCCCUCAGAAGCAGUUAAAGAAAAUCAUACUAAUACUCUCUCCCCAGAAAAGAUUGCCACAAAAGGUGACUUACUGUUGAGUAAAUUGAAAUCAGUUCUUCUAAGAGGAAAGAGAAAAAUGGAUUUCCUUGUGUCAAAGGAGAUGACUGCAGAUACUGCUCAAUACACCGAGCCCCAUCUCAAGAAGGGCAAAGUUGACUCAGACACUGGGAUGCUGAAGAGUAAUUAUACAAUUACAAGUGUCCAGGACACCGAUGUGCGUGUCAAGGAAGUUUCAAAGAUGCUGUCAGUUGACCCUCUUUUUGCAUAUGCCCUAGGCCUGACCCCUAAAGAGACACCAGAUAAGAUACAGAAAACUGAGGGUCAGGAUACUCAACAAAGGAAAGACUCAUCAGAGACACAAGAACAAACCAUUUUAGACAAACAACCUCAAAUCAUACACAGGCCUCCAUCAAUCUUUCCAAGAAGGGGAAGGAUUAAAAUGCUCAAAAAGCAUCAAGGCGUCUCUGCAGAUAAUGUGAAAAAGAAAUGGUGGUUGCAUUUUCAAACCCCAGCUUGUUAUGCCAGUGAAAAACUCAAUUACAAAGAGUGUACUAGGGAUAAUUCUGUCAGGAAGACUGUUAAGGAAAAAAUGAACAGUGCUUGCUCAUCUACAGAUGCUUUGAACUUACUUGCUGACUUGGCACUCAGUGCCAGUAAUGACCAGGUUCCACCACAACCAGACCCAGCACUUGAGAGAAAACCUGAGACAAGUUUGAAGAAGUGUGACCUUACAAAAGAUGUUACCACUGCUGAACAAGAGUCAGUUCUUCAUGCUCUGCUUAGACAGCCUGCUGCUAGAUCCAUGCAGCCUAUUGAGUCUCCUUCACCAAGCCAUCUUAUGGGAGGUAGUGAAUUGGUUGGUUUGGUAUCUAAAGAACAUGCUUACUCAUUGCCCCCAUCUUCCUCUCUACUGUUGGGUUUGCCAGGUACACCCUUCCAGGUAUCACCUUUAAGUGGUUCUACCAGACUGCUGCACCAUCACCAGACAAUGUAUGGCGAUGGAAUUAAAACACUACACCCAUCUGUCAGCCAGACAGACAGAAGUGAAAAGAACCACAGGACUCCAGAAUAUUUGAAAAAACACAUGGUGUGCAGAAGAAAGUUCAGACACUCCCGCACCUUUGUUGACAAGGAUGGAUCUAUCCAAGUCACAAAGCAAUGGAAAGAAAACUAUGACUUUAAUCUAGACAGCAAGUUCACAAACGACUCAAAGGAUAGAACUAUCGUCCGAGCCUUGCAUGGCCCAUGGGAUUUCUCCAUGCAAGACACCAGUGAAGAAGUGCGGCUCAUCGUCCACAUGUGGAUUGGUCUGUUCUACAGCCGGUCCACAGCCAGGUUCUUUCAUGUUGACUCAUACCCAUGUUCAGAAGAGAGUGAUUCUUUGGAAAUGCCUAGUGGAAUGGUAUCAACACUGGCUCAAUCUGAGCUCAAGGCUUAUUCAUUUGCUCCUUUCCUGAGUGUAACAGACACUUCAGACCCUUCGAUUUCAAAAGCUUUGGACCUCAGCAAAAAACAUGACUCUGUGUUGGACCAAGGAUCUGUGGUUUUGGACUUGUCACUGAAAAACAUAAAUGCAGAGAUUGUCACUUCAGAGCCACAAGUCAACAGAAAAGAAACUUCUGUGUCCGGUGAUCUGAAAGAAGCUAGUGAAACAUUGAACACGCUCAAGUCAUCCAUGGGAUUACAGGAGGCAAGCAAAAUUCAGUGUAACAAAAAAAAAGUACACUACACAGAGAUUGUCAAUGAGAUAAAUGAUGCCGGAAGCACCUAUGAAAGUAAGAGGAAAAUAGCUGGGAGCCUGGAGAACACCGGAGUACCAUCUUGUAAAGAUGACCGAACAUUCAUUCUUCUUCAAGACAAGAUGAAAAGUGUAUCUGUUCAGCCAGAAAAUAAUCCAACUGCUUCAGGAAUUGGCCAUGUGUUACAUGGAUGCAACAAUGAGAAGACAGAUAUGAAAGAUGGCAUUGGAAUCAAGAGAAAAAAAGCUGGGAGCCUGGAGCACACCGAUGUACUAUCCUGUAAAGGUGACGAAACAUUCAUUGUUGUACAAAAAGAGAUGGAAAGUGUAUCUGUGCCGCCAGAAAAUAAUCCGACUGCAUCAGGAAUUGGCCAUGUGUUACAUGGAUGCAACAAUGAGAAGACCGAUAUGAAAGAUGGCCUUGAAAAUAAGAUGAAAAAAGCUGGGAGCCUGGAGCACACUGAUGUACCAUCCUGUAAAGGUGACAAAACAUUCAUUGUUGUACAAAAAGAGAUGGAAAGUGUAUCUUUGCCGCCAGAAAAUAAUCCGACUGCAUCAGGAAUUGGCCAUGUGUUACAUGGAUGCAACAAUGAGAAGACAGAUAUGAAAGAUGGCAUUGAAAAUAAGAUGAAAAAAGCUGGGAGCCUGAAGCACACUGAUGUACCAUCUUGUAAAGGUGACGAAACAUUCAUUGUUGUACAAAAAGAGAUGGAAAGCGUAUCUGUUCAGCCAGAAAAUAAUCUGACUGCUUCAGGAAUUGGCCAUGUGUUACAUGGAUGCAACAAUGAGGAGACGGAUGUGAAACAUAGCAUUGAAAAUAAGAGGAAAAAAGCUGGGAGCCUGGAGCACACUGAUGGACCAUCUUGUAAAGGUGACGAAACAUUCAUUGUUGUACAAAAAGAGAUGGAAAGUGUAUCUGUGCCGCCAGAAAAUAAUCCGACUGCAUCAGGAAUUGGCCAUGUGUUACAUGGAUGCAACAAUGAGAAGACCGAUAUGAAAGAUGGCCUUGAAAAUAAGAUGAAAAAAGCUGGGAGCCUGGAGCACACUGAUGGACCAUCUUGUAAAGGUGACGAAACAUUCAUUGUUGUACAAAAAGAGAUGGAAAGCGUAUCUGUUCAGCCAGAAAAUAAUCUGACUGCAUCAGGAAUUGGCCAUGUGUUACAUGGAUGCAACAAUGAGAAGACAGAUAUGAAAGUUUGCAUUGGAAACAAGAGAAAAAAAGCUGGGAGCCUGGCGCACACUGAUGUACCAUCUUGUAAAGAUGAUGAAACAUUGAUUGUUGUACAAAAAGAGAUGGAAAGUGUAUCUGUUCGACCAGAAAAUCAGAUUACAUCAGGAAUUGGCCAUGUGUUACAUGGAUGCAACAAUGAGAAGACAGAUAUGAAAGAUGCCAUUAAAAAAUCAGAAGCUACAGCAAUGAAUUUAGUGCAAAAACAUGGAAAAGAUUCAUCAAAAUCUGUGACAGUUGUAGAGGUAGACUCCAACAAAGAAGCAGGCAAUGUGGUUCUUACAGUUAAGCAUGAUGCAAUUGAAUCCAAAGAUGGGGAAAACCUGGAAGUGAAAGAAAGUCUAUACCAACAAGGAAAUGUAGAACCUAGUCCAAAAGUGAUUCUUACAGAUGAUGAUUCAACAAACAAAGAGUCAGGUAUAGUCUGCAAUGGAUAUAUUUUGGAAAAUGAGAAGCAGUUACCUGGGGAGGAACCUAUAUCAGUCUCACUAGGCAAGGCUGAAAAUGUUAAAGAUGUGGAUUGUUGUACAGUCUACAAAGGUAAAGUGAUCGAAGAUGAAGAUCCCUUUGGAAAAGAAAAUGGAUUUGAUGAGAAAGACAGUUGUGUUUCACCUGUGGAAGCUAAUAGUGAAUUGAGUGAUCAACCACUACCUAUAAAUUGUGAUGGCCCAGAUUCAGUAAAGAAGGAUUGCAUUACAGAGUGUAAUCAGAAACCGCCAUUUGAUGAGCAACCACCUAAAGACAACAACGAAGAAGAUGCCUGCCAUGAUUUGCAGUUAAGAAAGCUGUGUGCAAAUGGCAGUGUGUUGACAGAUGAACUUGCCAUUUCAGAAAAAUCUCCUCAUGCUUCAUCAGAAAUGGAGCCUAUUUCUAACGAACCGAAAAAUGAUACUUGUUUGGCAGAUAAGGCACAUCAGAAGGCAGCAUUACCAAUGUCUGAUGAGAACAACUGUUCGUUAGAUGUUUCUAACGCAAAUGGGUCUAUUCCCCAGACAAAUGACAGUGUUGAAACAGAAUGCCAAAACAACGUAAUGGCAAACUUCAAUUUAAUUAGUAUUGAUCAUGAAGAUGGGGAUACCCAUUCAAUUGAGGGAGAUCAAAAAGUUGUAAACACAACUGAAAAAGAACUAUUUUAUCAUCAGGCUCAUUCACCUCAGUUUGAAGCUGAAGCUGCAUUGACUAAAGAAACAGACCUCAAACAGAUCGAAAAAACAAAUGAGGGAUUGGAAAAGAUCAGCAUUGUGGGUUUAAUUCCAUUUAUUGGACUAGACACCUCCAGAGAGGAUACAGUACAACAACACGACACACACUCACAAGGCAAGGUUGAAGAAGUUGACGAGGAGGAAAUACCAUUUAUUAGUAAAACUACCUACCCUGAAACUGUCCAACCCACAGGGUUAUGCAGUACAUCUCAAAUGUACAGUAAAAAGCCAGAACUGUCAAAAAUAACUGGCAAAAUAGCACUUUCACUUCUUGAUGUAAGUGAAACCAACCAGCCAGUGGUCUCGGGAAGUGAGUCUGAUAACCGGUGUCCUACCCCAACAAUGGACGAGAAACCAUUUGAGUAUUUAACUUGCUCUGGACCUAGUAAUACUAGUGCUUCUGCUUUUAGUGGUAGUGAAACCUCCAAAAACAUGACUCAGAAAUGUCUUAGUACAGGCUCAACAUCCAGAAAGGAUGAGGUGCCUCACAAGUCUACAUUUAACAGUGAUGCCACCCCUCAUCAUGAUCUUGAACUAAGAACUCAUAGAGUUCUUCAAAGUAUAGACAAGUUCCUCCACCAAACAAGCCACACUAAAACAUCCAGCCAGAUUGAAACAGCUGAGAAACAUUCUCUUGAUCAAACUCCUAACCCCGAAAACAAGUUCAUCCCCACUUGCUUCACCACAAGCCACAUUUCAUCUGACUUUAAGGACAAGAAAAUGCAAUGCAAUACAACACCAGCAGUAGUGUCAGCCUCUACCUCACCAGAACUGCACACAGAAUCAACAAGUAACUUUCUCAUAUCACCUUUCAAAAGUAAAUUAGAGGAAGUACUCGGUGUAAAGUUGCAGCUAAAGAAAACUAACUCACCAGUGCAACAACAGCAUUUUGAAAGAAUAGAUAAAUUACAGGAAACCUCUGUAGGGCAAGAUUGUCAUCCCUACAUAUCUGUUCCCUGUACUGAGAGUUUGCAAGCCAUUAAACCAAAUAUUGACCAAGGUAGACAUAAAACAACCUCACAGAGCAAUUUAAGUCAUGACUUACGUUCAUACAGUCAGCGUCCUGUCAUGGCAGUGAAACCAUCCAAGACUGAUGAAUGUCAAGCAGAUUGCAUCUCUAAAGACAGACAAAUUGAAAAUGCUGUAAUGUCCCAUUUUUCUGUCAAUAAACCGACAGAAACCCCCGUAGUCACAUACACCAUACCUACUACCAUGUUCUUGGAGAAAAAGACAGAAAGUCUCAAGGAAAACUCUGAAGAACUAAAUGAUGAUAAGCAAGAUGCCAGUGAGCUUUCUUCAAAGAGCAGUUGGUUAUCCAAUGUAAGUGACAGUAAAUCUAACUCAGAUAAAGCUAAAUGUGUGCUUCAAGAUCCUUUAAAGCCGCACCAAGGAAGGGACAUUUCAAAAUUAAACAAUAUUCCUUUAUCAUCUUUCCCCGCGCAGUCUUUAGAAUCUGCAAAAAAAAUCUCUAAACUUGUUGAUGGAAACCAAGGUUUCAUUAAAUAUAGUUUAGUUGAGAAAGUUGGGCAAACAACCAAAGAGAGUAUUGAGAUUGAUCAAAAAGACUGCUCAGAUGCAUCAACUUCACAUGUGGUUUACAAAGAUGGUGGCAUAAUAGAUGACAGUCUCUUCCUGGGACCUCAAAGCUCACUCAUGUGUACGGUCUAUAACACCAGCAGGAAGAGAUCCUAUUCUUUCCUGGAGCAGGUUUCUCAGAGGUGCCUACAAGAUGACCCCACUGAGGCGUCAAUGGAGCAGGAGUGCCUUAUCUUCUCAGAACAAAUGAAACAGCUUUUGAAAAGGAGUAAGAGGGGACCCAUCUGCCAACAGGGCACACAUGAUGAACUGAAUUUGUCUUGUACCAGUCCUGUGACUGUGCACUUUUGCAGUCUAGAAGAGCAGGAGGAUUCAGUGGAUCACUUGAAUGCACAUUUUGAUGCACCGUCACUUGUUGGACAAAAAAUUAAGGUAAACAUGUCUGACAGGAAAAAGACUACAGAGGACGACAAGACUCAUCCUCCAAAUGUAUCUCGGGCAACAGGGAACCCCAUGGAACAUGCUGGAGUUUCUGCUGUGACUUCGGAGUGUGUCACGCUGUACGAGGCAAUGAUGAAUGAUGUUUGUGCUGUCAAAAAGGUCCCAUCUAGACCACACAAACACUUCAGAAUUCAUAGAAGUUACCCAAAGUCUGAACCAAGUAACCAUUUUGACUUUUGUGAUCAAAUGAAGCGAGAGAUGGAUGAGAGUUUCCGCAGUAAUCUGAAUUCAGUUGUGAAGAAAUCCUGUAAAACAAAGUACAGAUUCUACGUACUAUUGACGUCAGAUGAUGCCUUCUUUGAGGAAACCAAGGCACAGUUGGAGGCAGAAGGCCACACUGCUGUACAGCCAUCCGAGUUCUUCCUUGGUGAGGAUAGUUCUUCAUCUCUACUCAUCAUCCUCAGGAAUGAAGACAUUGCAGAGCACAUUUGUGAGAUCCCGCAUUUGCUCGAGCUGAAGAAGUCCCCAGGUGCGCAGUUUGCUGGAAUUGACGAACCAGAUGAUGUCGUGAAUCUCACCCAUCAGGAGCUCUUCACAAGGGGUGGCUUUGUAAUGUUCGACAGAGCUGCACUGGAGUCCCUCAGUUUUUGCAAAAUGAAAAAAAUGUCAGAAAUCUUGCAAGAGCGAAGCAGAACUGGGAAGUGGAAAUGGAUGUUGCACUACAGAGAUAGCCGUCGGCUGAAAGAAAAUGCGAGGUUGAGUGCAGAGGCAAAAGAGAAGAAGCACUUCCUAAACUGGUGCCAAGAAGCUGGAAUAUUGGAGGUCUUGCCUUAUCAUGAGUGUGACCUCAUGUCCAGAGAGCAGCCUGACUAUCUUAAGUGUUUGGUCCGUUUGCAGGUCCAGAAUAUAUCAGCCCGUUACCCUGUUUUUAUAACCGAUACAACAACAGACAGCGCAUUUGGAAAGAAUGGAAUUUUAACAAUGACUUUCGACUCUUUCCUGACGUAUUCUCCAAGCAAACCAAUUAAAGCCUGACUUGGAAAAAGUCAGAUGGACACACUUAAGUUGUGCUAAAUCAAGAACAAAACAAUGGAAAAUUCACUGGAUGUAAGGAGAACCCAGUAAUUUACCAUUUUAUGGUGAUUUAAAACAUACUACAUUUAAUAUUUUUUCUUGUGUUAGUAAAGCUCUUUUACAUCAAGCAAUAAUUAUUCAUUUAUGGUUUGACAUGUUUUUUGUUUCAUUUUUCGACUAAGUUAUCAUUAAGUUAAUGGAUUGACAAUGCCAAUAUACAGACUGUAUAUACUUCAUUUUGUAUUAUAUUUUUUAUUGUAAAUUGUUUUUAGUGUAUAUUGUUUUAUUUACAAUCCUGAGUUUAUACAUUUGCAGCACAAUCAUUAGUGUUUGUUUUUAGAUAAAAAUCGACAAAAUUGCAACAAAAUUUAAUAAGGAUGUUUUCUGUUUUAUAUAUUGAAGUAUACUAUUGCACACUGCUAAGGUUACGUACAAUGAUUCUUAAGUCUUGGAUGUUAAAUAGUUUUAACAUAAUUACUAAGCACUUAAUAUGUCAUGACGUGUACAAAGCAAUUUGACUAAGAAUAAAGAGGUUUCAUUAAU